AUGAUAUUUAUGAAGCAGUUUGUCAGGAGCAGCUCAACAAUUGAUGAUUCGAAGCUUUUGGCUGGAAAUCUGGAUGCUGAUUCGUUGAAUGAAAGCUCCAUUUUCUGCUGCUCAUUAGUUGCGGCCGAUGUAUCUGCUGCUGUGGCUGAUGUGGAUGGCUCCAAAGCUUUUUAA